AUGGGUGAAAUGGAAGGAAUCAUUGCCACAACUGAAACCACAAGAGAUGAAGCAAGAGGUGCUGGGCAAGAUGCAAUAACGCAUGCUAUCACACAUCUCCUCUCGACUCUUCGUCCACACGACUCCACCACUUUCCGUUGCCAGGCUGAUCCUAACGUAGACGCAGAGGAGAGCAGUUCGAAGCCACUCAUAGCAGCUACAGCAUCGGACAACAUGGAAAUGAUGCAGCUCCUCCUCGAGUAUGGGGAGUGCACUUACUUCUGUGACCAUCAUGGCAACAUGACUGCUGUCGACCUGCUGUGUCGCUAUGACAGCACCGCCAAUUUGCAGAACAGGCGCCACCGAGCACCGAUCAUAGAAGGUCGCAGCCAUGGUCACCACGAUGUUGUGCAAUACCUGCUUCGUGUAGAGCACACUGAGACUGCAUCCAAACUGGACGCGUUCAUGCCACUACUACUACCACCAUUGCUGCUACUCUCAUGGCAAGUAAUGCACGAUCUUUCAGCUCUAUCUGCCUCAUGCUACUGCAACAAAUGUAUGCCAAUGCGUGACUUCCCCUGUCUUGUCAACACCCUAUCAUCAAACACCUCCUCAUCGUUGUCAUCUUGCUUUAUCACGCUACCUCCAUUGUGCACCUCUAUUUCCCCUCCUCUGUCUUCUUUACGUGCAAUCGCAAGCCUCUUCAUUCCCUCCACUCCCCUCCUACUCUGCCUUCUGCGCUCCCCUCCAAAGAGAGACGAAGGCGACUAA